GCUCGAGCGAGACACUAUCGUCAACUUCCUCUCGCUAGCUAAGCCGCUGAGAGGGAAUAGUAUUGUCGUUGUCGGACUUUGAAAAUAACACUUGCUCUCCGUAAACGAUUAAAAAAAUCUUUGACACUGACGCGGGAGUAAAAAGUUCGAUCGAACGGAAAUUCAUCGACAACCGAUUAAAAAGAAAAAAGGAAAAACCAUGAAAAAAAGUAUUAAAGAUGCUGGUUAAAAAUAACAAUCGAUGAAUCGUAAUCGCGUCUAAACCGCGUCGCCGGCCGAUCGCGAUGUACGAUCGUCGCGCAACAAUACACGCCGUAGGACUUUAUAGCGGCACGAAUACGAGCAGCGAGCUCUGCUUAUACUACCGGGGCUUGAGCUGGUGCGACAACAAGUAAACGCGCACACGUACACGCACUUACAAAAGAUCGUUCACCCAUUGCCGCUGCCACUGCUGCUGCUGCUGCUGCUGCUGCCGGGUGGAAAUACGUGGUUGAGAGCUGUUAUUAUGGCCAUAAUGCAGUCCUGCUGCUGCUGGCGUUCGGUGCGCCGUGGCAGCUUUGCUUGUGCAGUUUACACGGUGAUGUAUUAUUCACUGCUCGCCGUGACUCUGGCGACCGUACUGCAAGAGGAAAGCCAGCACGCGGAGGGGAAUGAUCGCACCCGCUCCGCGUCCAACAGUAUACUCGAGCCCGAGGCAUCGCCUGCAACCAUGAGCUUCAACAUGGCCCUUUUAGCCUGCUCUUCCUGCGGCGUGAUCUGCUGUCUUCUGCUGCUCUAUGGACUUUUCAAGGACGAGAAGCUGUUCCUGGUGCCGUGGAUUUGCAUAGUGAUAGCCUGCAGCCUGGUCGACGUCGCGCACUUAUUCUAUCUCUUCUUCGUCGUCUCCCUCGCCAUCACCCCGACAACUGCAAUGGUACUAACCAUCGACUUUUUCUUGCUCUGCCUCAAUGUGUACUCGGUACUGUGCGUUAUCUCGCAAUACCAGGAAUACGCUGCCGGCCGUGGUAUGGCAUCCGACGACUGCGAGCACGGAGCCCCGACGAUGCACUACGGCGCUCAAGGGGGAACCGCCACGGCCACCUACUGUCUGAGCGGCUCGCGCAACAAAGCCGUCACGAAUUUCAGCAGCAACGAGACCCGCGGCACGGCCUCGACGCCGACGACCCAGAGCCCCACGACUCUGCCGACCGUCGUGGCCUCGUCGCCGGACUCCUGCUACGGACCGCAGAAGAUGCUCGGCUGUGGCAUUAGCAUCGACGCGUCGCAGCAUGUGUCGCAGCACCAGAGCACCAAGCACGUGAAAUUCCAGCAGGCCCAAUCGGCUGAGAAGAUAGAUGAGGCGGCAGCCAAAGCCCUUGGACGAGCAGCAGGGCACCAGCAGCAGACGUCGUCGAGCGAUCGACGGCGCGCCAGCGCGCCUACGAUGCGCAUCGAGAUCACCAACCCAGUGGUCGGAUGUGGGGUAAUUGCAAGAUGCAGAAAGAGCCAGUAGAAAAGGGACUGUUACAUCGGUGCACGGUGGCAAGAUCGAAGAGGCUCCCAUUUAUAAACACACGAUCGGACGAAUACGAAGUUAAUGCCGCUGCAGCGCGAAUCUCGUGUAGUCCGAAUCAUCUCACGGUUUAUGUAUGUGCAAAGAGCGAGAGAGAGAGAACAUGUGACAAAGACGAAUCGACUUUUCGCGACUAUAUAAAUGCGAGAGCUGUGAUCGAUUGUCGAGAAAAGUUAAAUUCAGUGUCCAUUAGUGAAAUAUACAUUAAGGUGGUCCAAAAUAAGAAAAAAAGUUCUUUUCCUUUUCCAAACGUUUUCAUUACUUUCAUAAAGUAAAAAAAAGAAACUUCUGAAAUUUUCAGGUCUUGAUACUAUUUUUUAAAAGUCACAGAGUAUCAACGCUACAACUAUUUUGAGUAAAAAAAUAUAGAUUUUUCACAUCAAAAAGGACAUCAACAAGUGCAUUACCAAAUUUUAAUUUCGAAGUUUUUAUCGUUAAAAAUUACAAUUGUCCUCCAACAAUUCUCACAUUGUAGAACGUUUUCUAAAUGAUUAUUCAUGUUUCAGCUGCAUACAUUCGUAGACUACUUGAAGCAAUCGUUGAGCCUCUGGUAACGUAUACCAAAGAGUUCUACUACUAUAGAAAUACAUAUAUAGAUUCAAUUUUCAAGGUUUUGGAAAUGACAAAAGCAACUCACUUCUUAUUUCAAUUGAUUUUUCCGCAUUUUUGAUCGUAUUCAAUUUAGUUACCUUUAAGAAUUUAUAUUAAUAUUUUAAAUUUUCAGAAGUUUACUAAUUUUACUUUAUGAAAGUAAUGAAACUGUAUCCGUGUUGUAUCCUCGUGUUAUCAGUGUGACGUCCACGUAUUUCUGUAAGCUCUCCUCUCAAUCGAUUGGCAACAAGAAAACAUAUCCUCGAAUGGGAUAUCAAUAUUCGAAUUUUAAAUCAACGUUGAUAAUGAAUGUAUACGACAAAAAAGAUGCUACUAUUAUUAAAUGUUACUGUAAAUAAAUAAAAAAAGUACGCAGCGUAAGAUCACGUAUUUUCUAAUGUACAC